AUGCCGCCAUUUCAUUAUGAUACACGUUAUUCAAUAGCUGUAUUUACACUUGGUUGGCUUAUUCGACUUGAACCAUUCACAACAUUUUAUUUAAGUUUACAAGAAGGACAAUUUGAUCAUGUUAAUCGAUUAUUUCAUUCAAUACCAUUAUCAUGGCAAAAUUGUCAACGUGAUUCAUCUGAUGCAUUAGAAUCUGAAUUUGUUUCAUGUCAUUUACAUUAUUGGAUUGAUUUAAUUUUUGGUUAUAAACAAAGAGGACCUGAAGCUGUUCGUGCUGUUAAUCUUGAUUCAAUAACAAAUCCAACAGAUCAUACUGCUAUUGAAACACAAAUAAGAAAUUUUGGUCAAGCACCAGCACAAUUUUUAACUGAAUCACAUCCAACAAGAAAUUCAGCAAUGAAUUUAGUAAGAAGAAAACAAAAAUCAUUUUUUUUUGUUUUCUAUUCUAGACUCCAAUGA